AUGAGUGCUGUACAAAUUUCGAGUAUUCCUUUGACGAGCCAUGACUCUGGUAUCAAGCCUUUCUUUGACCAAAAAAUCCAGGAAAGUGAGCUUAGGAUCAGAGAAAAGACAUCGAAUUUGCGUAGACUAGAGGCUCAAAGAAAUGCGUUGAAUGAUAAGGUCAGAUUUAUAAAGGAUGAAUUGAGGCUCUUGCAGGAAUCUGGAUCAUACGUGGGAGAAGUGUUGAAAGUUAUCAGUGAGAAAAAAGUUUUGGUGAAAGUUCAGCCUGAAGGAAAAUAUAUUGUUGAUGUUGCUAAGGAUAUCAACGUCAAGGACUUGAAAGUAUCACAGCGUGUAUGCUUGAAGAGUGACUCGUACCAAUUACAUAAGGUGUUGGAGAACAAGGUAGAUCCGUUAGUGUCUCUAAUGAUGGUCGAAAAAGUACCUGAUUCUACAUACGAUAUGGUGGGUGGGUUAACGAAGCAGAUUAAAGAAAUCAAGGAAGUCAUUGAAUUACCAGUGAAACACCCAGAACUAUUCGAAAGUCUUGGUAUCGCUCAACCUAAAGGUGUUAUUCUAUACGGUCCGCCAGGUACUGGUAAGACUUUACUAGCGAGAGCCGUAGCACAUCACACAGACUGUAAAUUUAUCAGAGUAAGUGGUGCCGAAUUGGUGCAAAAAUAUAUCGGUGAAGGUUCCCGUAUGGUCCGUGAGUUAUUCGUGAUGGCUAGAGAACAUGCGCCUUCUAUCAUUUUCAUGGACGAAAUCGAUUCUAUCGGUUCCAGUCGUGUUGAAGGAUCUGGCGGUGGUGAUUCCGAAGUGCAAAGAACCAUGUUGGAAUUGUUGAAUCAAUUGGACGGGUUUGAAACUUCGAAAAACAUUAAAAUCAUCAUGGCUACAAACAGAUUGGAUAUAUUGGACCCUGCAUUGCUAAGACCAGGUAGAAUUGAUAGAAAAAUCGAAUUCCCACCACCAACCGUAGCGGCUAGAACAGAGAUUCUAAGAAUCCACUCAAGAAAGAUGAACUUGACCCGUGGUAUUAACCUAAGGAAAGUCGCCGAAAAGAUGAACGGAUGCUCUGGAGCUGACGUUAAAGGUGUUUGUACCGAGGCUGGUAUGUACGCACUAAGGGAACGUAGAAUUCACGUAACCCAAGAAGAUUUUGAACUAGCCGUGGCCAAGGUCAUGAACAAGAACGACGAAACUGCUAUCUCUGUAGCAAAAUUGUUCAAGUAA